AUGCCGCCGUCGCGCGCGCGCGAGGUCGACGCGCUCGACGCCGUCGCCGAGUUCGCGAGCGCGCUCGUGGGUCGCUCCCCGGCGCCGCCCGCGAAGAAGAUCAAGACGUUCACGCGCCGCGAGCGCAGAGGCGCGCCGCCGCCGUCGCCGAGGGCUUCUUCCCCGCCCCGCGAGGUCCCCGCCGCGCUCGCGCCGUCGCCGAGCCCGUCGAGGGACGACGAUCGCGAAGAAGAAGAUCUCGAACGAGACGUCGACGUCGACGUCGCGCCUCCCCCCGCGCGGACGAGGGAGGCGCGCGCGCGGCGGUCGUCGCCCGCGGCGGAGGCGGAGGCGGAGGCGGAGGCGCCCGCGCCGCCGCCGCUCUCGUUCGAGAACGACGCGCUCCCUAGCUUCCCUUCCCCGGCGCCGCUGCCCGGCGCGCGCGACGACGACGACGACGACGACGACGACGACGCGCUCGCGCCGUCGACGGUCGACAACGCGGCGAUCCUGCGCAGCCCCGCGGGGAAGGCGGGCGCGGCGGUCAUCGAAGACGUCGAAGCGCGCGGGCGCGCGCUGCUCGGCGCGCUCGCGGAGAGCGCUUCUUCCACUCCGCGCUGGAGGUGUUCGCGACGCGCGUCGACGAGUGCGAAGCCGCGGUGACGGAAUGGCUGAUCGAGAAGACGACGCGGCUGGAGCGAGACACCGCGGACGAUCUCAUCUACGGCGCGAAGCUGGAGAAAGCGGAGGCGUGCGUGCUGGGGUUCACCGCGCGGAUGUCGGACGCGCGUUUCGGCGGCGACGCGGCGGCGGCGGCGGCGGCGGAGGAGGAGGAGGAGGAGACGAAUGAUAAAGCGCUCCCCGCCGUCGCCGCCGUCUUCGUUCGCCCGAGCGAAGCCCUCGGACGCUGAGACGACGCGGCGCGCGUCGAGACGACGAAGAAGACGGACGCGUGUCGAACGCGGCGCGCACGACGACGCGGCGAACAGAACGACUUUGCGUUAUUGAAAGAAUCGUACGAUAAAACGA